AUGAGGAACAUGCCGCCGCCAUCGAAGAAACGCAAAAUCGCCGUGACAGUCCCCGAAAAGAUCGAGUUUGACUUUUCCGCGCGCGAAGAGUACCUCACAGGCUUCCAUAAGCGCAAACUUGCGCGGAUAAAGCAUGCACAAGAGGAGAAUGCUAAGAGGGAGAAGGAGGAGAAGCUGAGGUUUAGGCGCGAGCUCCGAGAACAGCGCAAAGUCGACCUAGAGAAGCACGUCGAAGAAGUAAACCGACUCGUCAAGCAAGCAAAUGGCGAUCUGGACGACAUCGUUACGGGCGAGACAUCCGCCGACGAUGACGACGACGACGAAGAAGAAUUCACAGGCUUCCAAGAACCAGAGCCCAUCAAUCAGGAAGACGAUGAGAGGCCUAAAAAGAAGAAGAAGAAGUUUAGGUAUGAGACCAAGACGGAGAGAAAGGCUGAGCGCAUGAAGCAAGGUUUGAAGAAGAGGAAGCAGAAGGAGGCCAGAACGAGCAAGUAG